AUGCCGGCGUUCCCUGUACCUCAAAGCGAAGGCUCCACAGAGCACGAGUUUGACCGGGCUGCGGGAUCACCAAGCCCCUUGCCUGUGGAGGCUUCCUCCGCUGUGGUGCGCGGUGAAUCCUUACCUGAGAGUUCUCCACGCCUUAUGGUCCGUGACGCAGUUGACUCCAGGAAACAUUACACCAAGGACACCAAUGAACAAGAGGAGUCGUACUCUCCCGCAUCUGCUGCGGGACUACAAAUUUCAGCUGAUGAUCUGCAACUCAGGGAGCGAGCUCCUCUUAUGCCGCCGCCGCCCUCACCGGGUGAGGGUGACAGAAGGGCUGUGCUGCGGUCGCCGUUAUACACAACUGCAAGUAGCGAGACUCACAUGCGGGAGUUGCAACUUAUGAUACAGAAGAACUAUGAGCAGCGAAGUGAGUUGGCCACUCUCCAGGCAUCCCUGCGAGAGGCGCAGCAAGUAGCGGAGGCUCGUGAGGUGGAGUGCGUCGAGCUUCAUCGACUUGUGGAUAGGCUGCAGGCCGAACUGAAUUGCCUGAAACUAGAAUCCAGUAGACGGCUAGCUCGGUCGGACACACAAAAGUCUAGAAAAGGAAAUCCCCGCGUUAAUUUAUCGUCACCCAACGUGCAGAGUGCAAACGGUGCAAGGGAGUCUCGAUUGCUGAGGGAGAGUGAGAGUAAAACAGGGCAGGGGAUGCCACUCAACAGAGAAUCUUCUGCCAUAGAGGCAAGACAUAGUAUUCAUUUAAAGGCAUCUAUCGUCUCUGCGGUUGCUGAUGCCAGUAUGAAUUUGUCUAGUAACUCUACCACGCUGGGUGAGCAGACUUCGCUUCAGCAGAUAUGCGAGGAACGUGAUAUGCUGGCGAAAGAGCUCGCACGAACAAAGGUUGUCGUCGCAGAGCAGGAGACCAUCUUAGACAGGCUUGGGUUACAUUUCCCGUACCCUGGUGCGGUGAUUGGCGCCGCGCGUCGUAUCAUCCCUACGCUUGAGCUGCUGCGGAAAAAACAUACAAGAAGGCUCCAGCCUCUUGUACUGAAUUCCGCAACGCACAUUGGAGAGUCUGAGCGGAAUUAUGAACCAGCUGAAGAGUGA